CCUUUAUUUACUGACCUGCCAGAGCAGACGCAGACAGACGUUCUCGGUCAACAUGGCUUCCUCCUACUCCGCCCGCAGCAGCAGCUACAUGUCCUCCAGCGGCUCCAUGCGCAUGUCCUCGUCCAGCGCGAGAAGCAGCCGCAUGAGCACCGCCAGGGCCAGCAGCGUGCACGCCGGCUCCGGAGGCUCAGGGGUCCGCAUCUCCAAGGCCGCGUACUCCGUCGGAGGUUUCGGCGCGUCGGGAUUUGCAGACAGCAGCAUCGUUGGCAACGAGAAGCUCACCAUGCAGACCCUCAACGACCGCCUGGCUGCUUACCUGGUCAAGGUGCGCUCGCUGGAGAAGGCCAACGCUGAUCUGGAGCUGAAGAUCCGCCAGUUCCUGGAUGGCAAAGCCUCCCCCGUGGCUCGGGACUACAGCGCCUACUAUGUCACCAUAAAGGAUCUUCAGACUAAGAUCAUGGCAGCCAUUCACCUGAAGGGAGGAAUCCAUCUCAGCAUUGACAACACCAGCCUGGCCAUUAACGAUUUCAAACUAAAAUAUGAAAGCGAGCUGAUCAUGCGUCAGUCAGUGGAGUCAGACAUCGCUGGCCUGAAAAGGGUGCUUGAUGAGCUCAACAUCACCAGAAAAGACCUCACCAUGCAGAUCGAAGGGCUGAAGGAGGAGCUGGUCUAUCUGAAGAAGAAUCACGAGGAGGAUCUGCUGGCCGCACGCGCUCAAAUGAGCGGACAGGUUCACGUGGAGGUCGAUGCCGCUCCACAGCAAGAUCUCACCAAGGUCCUGGCAGAAAUCCGUGAGCACUACGAAGCCGUCACAGCGAAAAACCAAAGAGAUCUGGAGCACUGGUUCAAGACGAAGACAGAAACUCUGAAACAAGAAGUCGUCACCAGCACCAUGGACCUGAAUACGUCUCGCACGGAAAUCACUACGGUCAAAUCCACACUACAGUCUUUGGAAAUCGAACUCCAGUCCCUCUUAGCCAUGAAAGCGUCUUUGGAGGCCACACUGAAUGAAACCAAGAAUCGUUAUUCCAUGAAGCUGUCCAGCUACCAGCAUCAGGUCACCGUCCUGGAGGAGCAGCUAGUCCAGCUCCGCGCCGACCUGGAGCGCCAGCGUCAAGAGUACCAGAUACUCCUGGACAUCAAGACCAGGCUGGAGAUGGAGAUCGCCGAGUACAGGAGACUGCUGGACGGAGAAACCACCGUCAAAUCAACCUCCACUUCCACCUCAAGGACAAAAGUCAUCACGGUCGUGGAAGAGGUCGUGGAUGGAAAAGUGGUCUCCACCUCCACGUCCUCGUCCAUGUCCGACAGCCGCAGACUCUGAUUGGCCGCAAUGCCCGUUUACGUUUGCAGUACGCCCAAAACUGGAAGCUGAAUGAAAUAAAACGGCAUUUAAACUCCUGGAGCUCUUAUCGCUUCAUUUAUUUGAUUAAGUUAUGCAUAUUCACUUGAACUGAUUGAUAUUAAAAGUGGGAAUACGUUUGGAA